CUUGGGUCCUGCCAACUACACGGUACUCCGAAAAUCCCAAAAAAGUUGUGGGUCGCAGGCUCUCCAACGGUCUCCUUUAGUUAUACACCUGGUUCUGAGUAUGCUGGCUACUGCUCUCACAAGAAUGUCGCGUAACGGUAUAUCAGCAGCUCUUGCUAGGACAAGUGCAGUGGCUGCUCACAUGUCCACCAGCACUCAGGCAACACCACUAGAGCAAUCUGUGCUCUUUGAGUCGAAUGGCGCAACACGCACUUAUGUCUUGAACCGAGCAAGCAAACUGAACGCUCUCAAUGGUGAUAUGCUCAAGUUAAUGAGACCUCAGCUAGAGCAAUGGUCAAAAUCCGACCUGUGCAAGAUUGUCGUUGGGACGGGUCUCGGCCGUGCAUUUUGUGCAGGCGGUGAUAUUGCAACUGUACUACAGCAUUCACUGCAUGAUGCUACUCGUUCAAAGGCUAUAGAAUUCUUCAAAGACGAAUUUGAAAUGAACUAUAUCUUGUCUGCGUUACCGAAGCCAUACGUAACCAUCUUGGACGGCAUCACAAUGGGCGGGGGGGUCGGACUUGCCAUUAGUGCUCCUUUUCGAGUUGCAACGGAGAAGACAGUAUUUGCUAUGCCAGAAACCAAGAUAGGUUACUGCCCUGACGUCGGAGCAAGCUUCUUUUUGUCCAGGAUCGACGGUGAAAUUGGCACAUAUCUCGCCCUUACGUCAGAAGCUCUUGUUGGCAGGGAAGUUUUUGAACUAGGCCUUGCUACCCACUUCGUGUCGUCAAGAACAGUACCCAACUUAUUGACUCGUUUAUCUGAUUUGGAGGAUCCUACUUCCGCUAUGAUCGAUGAGACCAUCGAGGACCAUUACGCAAAACGCCUCCCAGACGAACCGGUUGGAAAACUGACCGGUCGUACGCGCCAAGCUCUUGAUAUGGCAUUCCGACAUGAUACAGUUGAGGAGAUUGUGGAAGAUCUCACUAAGUUAGCCUUGACUUCCGAUGACUCGAUUGCCAAAUGGGCCUCGGGAACACUGGAGACCUUACAUUUGCGGAGUCCGACUAGUCUCAAAGUGGCACUAGAAGCGAUCCGACGCGGGAAGAAGAUGACGCUCCUCCAGGCCCUUCAAAUGGAGAUGGGUAUUGCCACUGCUUACUGUAGCGGCGCGAGUACAGAUUUCACUACAGGAAUAACGGCGGUCCUGGUUGAAAAAACUAAAGCUCGCCCUGCUUGGUCUCCUGAUCAGCUCGAUAAAGUCUCGGACGCAAUAGUGGGGCGAUUUUUCGAGACAGAAUCAAGUUAUCUCUGCGACGUACCUACUUUGACAGCGCCGGACUUCCUUUCGAAUGGCAAGCAAAAUCCGAUGAAAUUCGCUUUGCCAAGUGAAGCCAGCAUCUUGGAAAUUGUCAAGUCCAAGGCCGGCAAAGGUCCUAUCUCCCUCUCUGACCUACUAGCCCAUUUUGAUGACCUUUACUCGGGUAAGCAAGGUGUUGGAGAGAAGGUGGUGGAAGUAGUGAAACGCAGUUGUGAUGUCAUUGGUAAUCAAGGUUCGGAGGUGGUUAAUUGCAAAGAGCGAUUGUAGUCUGUCUGCUCCCGGCACAUCCUCGAUAUCAUAAUUUGCUUAUCAUGCUGUAUGUUUCGCACGCGCGCAGCCGUCACCACGUCGUCCACAACCCGGCGGACCGGAACUGCAGCUAACUCUUGAGGGGGGCGAUGAUUGUUUGAA